UUUGUUUUUUUUUUUCCUCUGAACUAGAUUAGCAUAAAGAAUUUUAAUUUGCAAUUAAAAACAUCAAAAGUUUCCAAGUCCUGCUUAAAAGCAGAAAGUUACUUGUGUCAAGUUUUGUUGGGGUUUUGAAUGGAUUUUCUACAAAUACUUGAACUGCCUUGUGAUUUUUAUGUAAAUAUACCAGUUGGCUUUAAUUAUGUGGGUCGGGAAGUGUUUUUAAAGAUGAGUGACUCCCAAGUAUAAACAUUUUUAAUAGUGUAAAUUCUAAUGAAAAUUUACAAAAGGAUAGUGUACUUCUAUUUAUUGUAUAUAUCUAUUACUUGCCACUUUGGAAUUGCACAGAUGGAAUGGAAAUGAACUCAGCAUCCUUCAAGUACUUUGUUUAAAUGUCUUAACUACAACUCAGUGCAGUCCUCAACAGAGAAGAAAUGUCUGAGCUGUUUCCCUGCUAAUCCAUACCAGUCUGGCUGCAGCUGAUAAAAGAUUCCAGUUCUUUCUACAACUGGGGGAAAAGCUGCAAGACAAUACUAAAAGCAUGCAAAUUCCACACAAUCUACCAAAGUCUGGAUAACAAUUGUAUGAAGGCUUAGUCAACUACAGCUGUGUCUUACUCUUGAGGAGCUUGUGACAAGUAAACAGAAACACCCCUGGUUGCCUCUUACACAUCAUCUGGUAUCCACAAAUAGACUAUUCCAUUCAGGUAGCACGUGAGAGACUAAAGCUCACGCAAUCAAGACAAUGGCUAGUGAAGUAUGGCAAGUUUCAUGGACAUCCCAGAAGAAGUUCUGGUACACCCCUGGAAGCUAUCUUGUCUUUGAAAAUCCUGCUGCAUUGUGCACAGAUGACUGAAAUUCACAACUGCUAUAAACCAUGGAGACAGGCAUGAAAAUCACUCUUCUAGACUAGAGUGGCACCAAAACCAAAGACCUGUUUGCUACCUCUACAUUCUCAUGAGAUCAAAAUAGCAGGCUGCAUCUUCCUUGUUCAGGCUGACAGUGAUGGACAUGGUAGCAGUAGCUUCGUUCAGGAAUUCUGCUAAAAGUAAAGGCGGAGGCCACGAACUACCUUGGUGGUGAGCAAGGCACCGGGCGACUCAUUUUGGUGACUACCAGGUGAUCACAGUCUGCUGCUGCUGCAAGGCCCUUUACCCGUGAAGCUCCUAGCACUCCCUGGGGACGAUGGAGCGCUCGGCAGAUGGGGUGCUGGAAGGCUCUGAUAUUGGGUCACAGAAAGACAGAGUGGUGACCGAGGAGGAAUGGCUGCAAAAAUGGGAAACGGGUAACAUCGGGUUUCACAAGGAACAAGGGCAUCCGCUCUUCCAGAAGUAUCUGGAUGUUCUUUUAAAUGGCAGGAGUGGACUGAGGCUAUUUUUCCCACUUUGUGGUAAAGCAGUAGAGAUGAAAUGGCUGGCGGAUAUGGGACACAGCGUGGUUGGUGUGGAAGUCAGUGAGCAAGCACUGAAGGAAUUUUUUGCAGAACACAAUCUGCCUUAUUGCGAGGAACCAGUCCCGGAGAUUUCAGGAGCAAAAAAGUUGCAGAGUGCCUCUGGGAACAUUUCUCUGUACUGCUGCAGUAUUUAUGAUUUGUCCAGCUCAAUAGUUGGCAAGUUUGAUGGGGUUUGGGACAGAGGAGCUCUAGUAGCUGUGAAUCCAUGCGACAGACAACGCUAUGUCAGUUUGAUGAUCACCCUAAUGGAGAAAAAUUCUUCUUAUCUCGUCGUUACGGUUUCAUAUGAUCCAAACAAACACAAAGGCCCACCGUUUUAUGUUCCUGAAUCUGAAAUUAAAAGCUUGUUUGGCAACCACUGUGAGAUUAAGUGUCUUCAAAAAGUUGAUGACUUCUCAGACAGACACAGACAAUGGGGACUAGAUUAUUUUCUGGAGGUGCUAUAUGUACUAAAGUUUGUAGCUUGAUUCGAAUUAAUUAAACUAACUUACCUCCCA